AUUCAACAUCUUUAUAUUUGGCGCGGAAACCAUGCUUGACUGCUUCUUUUCAAACAACCUAAAUUCAAUAAUCAGUUCUCAAGCCCACAAGCAACGGCAUACACGCAAAAACCUAUUCCCCCCAACUCACUAACUCGUCCGAGUCAUGCCAGCAUCGCCCAGAGUCAAUGCGACUUAGAUACCUCUCCAGAACUCUACCCACCUCCGAGUCAAACUCGUUUCUUCACCACUCUUUCUUCUCAACGAUUCUUCGCCAGUCAACUCACCCGAGCCCAACCCCACUACUCAGUCCAUCCCCACAUCCUCAAAUAUACACCCAGCUAUUACGUUUAUGCUUACAACAAUGCAGAGAAGUCAAAACUCAUUACACGUUCGACGAAAUGUCUCCGAAAAGAGAGCAGGCUUUAAAAGCCGGCGAAAUGAUACAUGCGAGGGGUUUGAAACUUGGAUUCUGGUCAAAAGGGUUGUUGGGAAAUGCAAUUCUUGAUCUUUAUGCCAAAUGUGGGGAUGUGGACUCUGCUGAGAAGGCGUUUCACGGCCUUGAAAAGAGAGAUGUAUUGGCUUGGAACUCAGUCAUUUUGAUGUAUUCAAAUCGAGGUUUGGUAGAAGAAGUUGUUAAGGGAACCGUGUCAUUGCUGAAUUGUGGGGUAUUGCCUAAUGAGUUUACACUUGCCACUCUUUUAUCUGCCUGUGCUAGGUUGAGAGAUGUUGAAGUUGGUAGAAUAGUCCAUUGUUAUAUUGUUAAAAUGGGGCUUGAAGUGAGUUCUUUUUGUGAGGGUGCUCUUAUUGAUAUGUAUUCUAAGUGUUAUUAUGUGACUGAUGCUCGGCGGGUGUUUGAUGGAUCGGUGGAUCUUGAUACAGUUUCUUGGACAUCGAUGAUUGCAGGUUAUGUUCAGUUUGGUUUGCCGGAGGAGGCGCUGAAAGUGUUUGAAAGCAUGCAGAAAGUUGGUCAUGUUCCUGAUCAGGUGGCCUUUGUUACUAUCAUAAAUGCGUUUGUUGGCUUAGGUAGACUUGAUGAUGCAUGUGCCUUGUUUUCCCAGAUGCCUAAUCCGAAUGUUGUAGCAUGGAAUGUGAUGAUUUCUGGCCAUACCAAGAGAGGUUAUGAGGUGGAGGCUAUUGCAUUUUUUCAAAAUAUGAGGGCAUCUGGGGUUAAGUCCACACGAUCCACAUUAGGAAGUGUGUUGAGUGCAAUUGCUAGUCUAGCAGCUCUACACUUUGGCUUAUUAGUUCAUGCUGAGGCAAUUAAACAAGGGUUAAAUUCUAAUGUUUAUGUGGGAAGCUCUUUAAUUAGUAUGUAUGCUAAGUGUGAGCAAAUUGAUGCUGCGAAGAAAGUAUUCGAUGGGUUAGAUGAGAAAAAUGUUGUCUUGUGGAAUGCGAUGCUUGGAGGCUAUGCACAAAAUGGGUAUGCUGACGAAGUCAUUGAAUUGUUCUCACAGAUGAAGGGGUCUGGUUUUCACCCUGAUGAAUUUACCUAUACUAGUAUCUUGAGUGCAUGUGCUUGCUUAGAAUGUCUAGAAACAGGUUGCCAAUUUCAUGCAUUUAUUAUCAAGAACAAAUUUGCAUCAAAUUUGUUUGUGGCAAAUGCAUUGGUUGAUAUGUAUGCAAAAUCUGGGGCUUUAAAGGAAGCAAGGCAGCAAUUUGAGAUCAUAAAAAAUCAAGAUAAUGUUUCAUGGAAUGCAAUUAUUGUUGGAUAUGUUCAGGAGGAGAAUGAGCUUGAGGCUUUUAACAUGUUUCAAAGAAUGAUUUCGUGUGGAAUUGUGCCUGAUGAAGUGUCCUUGGCCAGUACACUCAGUGCCUGUGCAAAUGUUCAAAGUCUUGAGCAAGGGAAGCAAUUCCAUUGUCUUGCAGUCAAAUCUUGUUUAGAAACGAGCCUCUAUGCAGGAAGUGCCCUUAUUGACAUGUAUGCCAAGUGUGGGGCAAUUGGGGAUGCACGCAAAGUCCUCUGUUGUAUGCCUGAAUGGAGUGUGGUCUCCAUGAAUGCUAUGAUUGCUGGAUAUGCACCAGAAGAUCUAGAUGAAGCAAUGAUCCUAUUUCGAGAGAUGCAGGUCAAUGGAUUGAAACCAUCUGAAGUAACAUUUGCUAGCCUUUUAGAGGCUUGUAAUGAACCUCAUAAGUUGAAUGUUGGAAGGCAAAUCCAUUGUCUUAUAGUGAAAAGGGGCCUUUUGUAUGACGAAGAAUUCUUGGGGGUGUCUCUCCUUGGCAUGUACAUGAACUCCCUUAGAAAUACAGAUGCAAGAAAUCUGUUUGCAGAGUUUCAAGACCGAAAAAGUGCAGUCUUAUGGACUGCAUUAGUUUCAGGUCAUACUCAGAAUGAUUGCAAUGAGGAGGCCUUACACUUCUUUCUAGAAAUGCGUACCUACAAUGUUUUACCUGACCAAGCUACAUUUGUUAGUGUCCUUAGAGCAUGUGCUGUUUUAUCUUCUUUGCGUGAAGGCAGACAGAUCCACACUCUCAUUUAUCACACUGGUUAUGGCUUAGAUGAGUUAACAACUAGUGCCCUUGUAGACAUGUAUGCUAAAUGCGGGGAAGUUGAUUGUUCUGCACAAGUUUUUGUGGAAAUGAACAGCAAGAAUGAUGUCAUUUGCUGGAACUCAAUGAUAGUUGGUUUUGCUAAAAAUGGUUGUGCAGAAGGUGCAUUGAGAAUAUUUGUUGAGAUGAAGCAAACACAUGUAAUGCCUGAUGAUGUAACAUUCCUUGGUGUUCUUACUGCCUGUAGUCAUGCAGGAAAGGUAUCUGAGGGUCGUCAGAUUUUUGACAUGAUGGUUAAUUAUGGGAUUCAGCCAAGAGUAGAUCAUUGUGCCUGCAUUGUUGAUCUUCUUGGACGAUGGGGGUUUCUUAAAGAAGCAGAGGAUUUCAUUGACAGUCUAAAAUUUGAACCUGAUGCCAUGAUUUGGGCUGCACUACUUGGUGCUUGUAGAAUACAUGGAGAUGAAAUUAGGGGACGCCGGGCUGCAGAGAAAUUGAUUGAAUUAGAACCUCAAAAUUCAUCACCUUAUGUGCUGCUUUCUAACAUAUAUGCUGCAUCAGGAAACUGGGAUGAGGUUAAUGCUUUGAGGAGGGCAAUGAGGGAAAAAGGAGUCCAGAAGUUCCCCGGAUGUAGCUGGAUUGUUGUGGGACAGAAGACAAAUUUGUUCAUUGCAGGAGAUAAGUCUCAUCCUAAAGCAGAUGAAAUUGAAACAACUUUGAAGGAUUUAGUAGCAUUGAUGAGAGAAGACAGGUAUGCUCCUGAAGUUGAUUCAUUUUUGCAUGAGGAAGAGUGAGAAAAUCCUCACUAUUCAGUACAUGUUCUUGCCAAAGGCUGGCUAUAACAUGCUUGAAAACCAUUUGGCUAAAAGUCUGUGGUCAAGGAGGUAUGAAAGGUAUUUUCAGAGGCCUAAAUUUGCACGGGUUCCUCCAACAGUCAUGUUGUUGCUGAUGUAUAGAAUCCUAUAUAUUGCCUCCAAUGUACUUACUCAAGUUACUGGGAGUGUUAGCUGGAUUACUACAUUCACUGCAUGUGGCGGGCCUAGAGAGCAAAAUUCACCUUUUGAGUUGACUGCUAAUGUAGUUGGCUUCUCAGCGUUAAUUCUCUCCAGAGAGCAGAUCUAGCUUCCUAUUUUUCAUGUCAAGAGAAGCACAAUUUAGAAAAAAAAUUGUUUUUGCUCUAUGAAACCGUACAACAUUUUACAUGUUCAGUUAGUAUAGUUCUUAAGAUAUCAAUGUGGAGACGGCAGACAGCAGAAACAGCUUCCAGGAAGAAGCUCUACAGAACCCUACCUGAGGUGUCAAGGCAUAUGAGGUGUUGUUGGUAAUUGCAUACAACACACUGAUUAACAUUUGUUUAGGUUAGAAAGACCCUUGCAAAGCUGUUGAUUGAACACAGCAUCAAUAAGGGUCGAAAUUGCGGUUGUGUGAAUAAACUAUAAGGAGGCCCUAAUGUAAGAAAAUGCACGUUGGAGGGGUGCGUUAUAAAGUGUUUUAAAUUUAACAUCAGCUGCUUCAAUGAAUAUAUCUGCUUUUUGCCUUAAA